ACUGAUGAAGCAAACUGCCAACAAUGGCUCACUCAGAGGCUCUCCUAGUGCUGGAAAACUUUAUAGCUGGCAGAUUUGUUCCUUGUUCCUCCUACAUAGAUUCCUAUAACCCAUCCACAGGAGAUGUAUAUUGCAGGGUGCCAGACAGUGGCAAAGAAGAGGUGGAAGCUGCAGUCAGAGCUGCCAAAAAUGCCUUCCCAAUUUGGUCCUCAAAAAGCCCAUUGGAAAAAUCUCAGAUCUUGAACAAAUUGGCAGACCUGAUUGAACAUGACCUGGAAGCAUUUGCCCAAGCAGAGUCAAAGGAUCAGGGCAAAACAAUUACAUUUGCUAGAACUGUGGACAUCCCUCGGGCAGUAUACAACUUCCGGUUCUUUGCCUCUUCCAUCCUUCAUCACACGACAGAGUGCACCGAGAUGGCAAGCAUGGGCUGUGUGCAUUAUACCUCACGGACGCCUGUGGGAGUUGCUGGUUUAAUCAGCCCUUGGAAUUUGCCACUUUAUUUGUUGACCUGGAAAAUAGCUCCUGCCAUUGCAUGUGGAAAUACCGUGGUUGCCAAGCCGAGUGAGAUGACAUCUGUCACAGCCUGGAUGAUGUGCAAACUCUUGGAGAAAGCAGGGAUGCCCCACGGGGUGGUGAACAUGGUGUUUGGGACAGGCGCCAAGGCAGGAGAAGCUCUCGUCUGCCAUCCUGAUGUGCCCCUCAUCUCCUUCACGGGAAGCACCCUCACAGCCCAGCGGAUCACGGAGAAGAGCGCUCCGCACUGCAAAAAGCUUUCUCUGGAGCUGGGAGGCAAAAACCCUGCAAUCAUCUUCGAUGAUGCUGACUUGAGCCAGUGCAUCCCAACUACCCUGCGGUCCAGCUUUGCCAACCAGGGUGAGAUCUGCCUUUGCACCUCCAGGAUCUUUGUUCAGAGGGGCAUAUACAGUGAGUUUGUGAAGAGGUUUGUAGCAGAGACUAAGAAGUGGAAGGUUGGGAACCCCUCAGAUCCUACUGUCGACGUGGGAGCACUCAUAAGUAAAGAGCACCUAGAAAAGGUGAGGAGCUACGUGAAGAAAGCAAAGGCUGAAGGAGCCAAAAUCCUGUGUGGAGAGGGAGUGGAUUCCUUGGCUCUCCCAGCUGGCAACCAGAAAGGCUAUUUCAUGUUGCCCACCGUUAUUGCCGAAAUCAAAGAUGAAUCUUGUUGCAUGCAGGAAGAGAUUUUUGGUCCUGUGACAUGUGUGGUAGCAUUUGAUACAGAAGAAGAAGUGGUCAAAAGAGCCAACGGUGUGAAAUAUGGCCUUGCAGCCACUGUGUGGUCCAGCAACGUGGGACGCGUUCAUCGAGUGGCACGAAGACUGCAGUCUGGCUUGGUGUGGACCAACUGCUGGCUUGUUAGAGAUCUGAACCUGCCAUUUGGUGGGAUGAAAGCCUCAGGUAUAGGAAGAGAGGGAGCAAAGGAUUCCUAUGAGUUCUUUACUGAGGUCAAAACCAUCACAAUAAAGCACUGAAAUAAAUAAUUUGAAAAAUGUUAGGGUAAAAUAAAUUACUGAUUUGUGUUACCUUAAAUGGCUUUCUGGAAUACAGACUGCUAUUGAGGCCAUAUUUUCCUUGGACUUUUGUCAUGAAACAUCAAUGACAGCUGCAAACAGACACUCCAAAUGAUAAUAUUGAAUGUAGCUUUUCGUUAAAUGAGAUAAUUGGUGUGAUCUCCACAAUUAACCUAUCCCAAAUCAGAUUGCUCGGGUAUCUUAUCCUCGUGUAUGAUUUUUUUUAGAGUAUUCUGGUCUCAAAAAUCUGCUUUAUAGAGAAAGAUUGGAGAAAAAAUGAUGUACAACUGUACCUGUGGCUGGUGAGUUACUGUGAGGGACAAAGAUAAAAGUACAUUGAGAAGUUGAUACAAUAAUGAGAAUUAGCCCAUUUCCAUUAUAAAUAGCACGUUCUAUGUACCAAUCCAUUUUACGCUUCAUCGAUGUCAGUCAAGGACUGAUACUAUAGCACACGAAAUGCCUGAGGCAGUACCUUUAAUCUCUUCAGUGCUAUUGAACUAGAAGGUCAUGAGAUUCUCAUGAUAUACAGGGGCAAUAAGCAUUUUAAUUAUAACAUGGUUUACCUUAUGUUGCUGAAAUGUCCUGACACUUGUUCCCUAACUGUUCUGAAAUUACAACCUUUUGUCACUUCUA